AUGGCUGUUGGGUCCGGAGUGAAAGCCUGGACCCUGGCAAGCCAGGUAAUCCAGUAUGGACUCAAAGCUGCAUAUGCCUCUAUUUUCAACAUGAUUUUCUUGUUGUUUAGCAAUGAUAUCGCCAUGAUCAAACUGGCCUCCCCUGUGGUUCUGAACAACAAGGUGCAGCCCUCCUGUGUGCCAGAGAGCGGAGAGGUCGCUCCUCACGACGACCCCUGCUACAUCACCGGCUGGGGGAGGAUCUACAGUGGGAGUCCCCUGGCCUCUAAGCUCCAGCAGGCUCUGCUCCCUAUGGUCGGCCACAGCGUGUGCAGCAGCAGCGGCUGGUGGGGGGGCACCGUAAAGACGACCAUGAUCUGCGGUGGCGGUGACAUCCACUCUGGCUGCCAUGGAGACUCAGACCCUCUGAACUGCAGGGGCAGGGACGGCCGGUGGUACGUGCAGGGAGUGACCAGCUUCGUCUCCUCUCGAGGAUGCAACACCCUCAUGAAGCCCACGGUGUUCACUCACACCUCUUCCUUCACCAAGUGGAUCAGUGACACAAUGCUGCAGUACUGAAGACCUGGAGCCUUUUAACUGUCAAUAAAUCAACUUAAUCAACC